UUUUUUCAUUUUUUCCCGUUUGGAGCUAUAUAGUUCGUAAAGAUUACAAGUUCUUUACUUCUUUUGCUCUUCAUUUCUCUAUCGAAAAUUUUCUCGAGAAGAAUUUGGCUUUUUUUCCGGCCGGGAAACUUCCAUCUGUGGACCAAAAACAUACUUUCAGUAAAAACAUUCCAUAGGGAGUUUGCUGAUCUAGAAAAGCGGAGAUGAGAGGUGCGAAUGGAGAUUCGAGAGCUGUAAACAACGCUUUGGAGACUAUCAGCGCUGCUGCUACUGCGAUCGCGUCGGCUGAGAAUCGUGCUUCUCAAGCCACAGUUCGGAAGAGAAGAUGGGGCAGCUGCUGGAGCAUAUAUUGGUGUUUUGGGGCCUACAAACACAGAACGCGAAUUGGGCAUGCUGUCCUGCAUCCUGAAACGACACCCCCUCAAACUGAUGUUUCUGUGCCUCAAAAUCUAAUCCAAGCACAUGCUAUAGUACUUCCCUUUGUUGCACCUCCCUCCUCUCCUGCAUCUUUUCUUCAAUCAGAACCUCCUUCUGCUACACAAUCACCAGUGGGUUUAUUGUCUCGCAUUUCUAUUUCUGCAAACAUGUACUCUCCAGGUGGGCCUUCUUCCAUUUUUGCCAUAGGCCCUUACGCCCAUGAAACCCAGUUAGUCUCACCACCGGUUUUCUCAACCUUCCCCACUGAACCAUCAACUGCUCCUUUCACUCCACCUCCCGAGUCUGUCCACCUGACCACACCUUCCUCACCUGAAGUGCCAUUUGCUCAGCUGCUUGACCCCAACCUCCGGAAUGGGGAGGCUUUUCGGAGAUUCCCACCAUCCCACUCUGAAUUCCAGUCUUAUCAACUUCACCCUGGAAGCCCAGUUGGUCAGCUAGUAUCCCCAAGCUCUGGCAUCUCAGGUUCAGGUACCUCAUCUCCUUUCCCUGACCAUGAAUUUGCUGUGGGUUUUCCCCAUUUCCUGGAGUUUCGAACAGGUGACCCUCCCAAGCUUUUGAACCUCUAUAAGCUAUCCACCCGUGAAAGCAGAUCACAUCAGGGUGAUGGUUCAUUGACACCAGAUGCUGUGAGGCCCACAUCUCGCGAUGAUUAUCUUCUCAACGGUCAGAUUUCUGAAGUUUUUUCAUGUUGGCAUUCAGACAAUGGAAGGUGGGAUGACGAGGUUUCUGUUACUCGUAGGUUCUCGUUUGAGUUAACUGCAGCAGAUGACACAAGAUGUGUAGAAAAGAAGCCAUUUCCAUUGGCUGAAGCCAUAUCAGUGUCUUUAAAAGAUACUACGAUUGCCAGAAGACAAAAACCUACCAAUAUUAUGGAUUGUAACGAGUUCCCUGUUGGUGAAACUUCCAAUGAUUCACAAGAUAAAUCUCCCGAGGCUAGGGAGGAAGCAGAGUGCCUUCAGAAGCAUCGGUCUAGUACUCUAAGUUCUGUUAGGGAAUUCUAUUUUGACAAUACAGAUGGAAUAGACUCUUGUAAGCCUAAUGUUAGCUCUGACUGGUGGGCAAAUGAGAACGUAGUGGGGAAGGAGGGUGGGCCGACCAAGGAUUGGUCUUUCUUCCCUAUGAUACAGCCAGGUGUUAGCUAACUGGUUAUAUACUCACUUGAAGCCUACAUUUUCACGGAGAAUUGUUGCAGUUUACAUCAUGGCUUUGGAUUGCAAACUGGCUAGCAGUAACCUAACCCCAGAAUUUGCUUGAUCCAGUGUGUAAAAACGUUUUAGAUUCAAUUAGAAAACAUACAAGGUCCCUGACCCCCAAGGACAGGCAUACGUUUUUAGUACAUUUUAUGGGCAAUGUAUAUUAUACAUGACAAUACAACAUUCGUAUUACUAAACUAGCACGUUUAGGCGUUGCUCUUAUAUU